GGUGCGGAGGGCGAGCGCGGGCCAGCGGGACCCUGAAGGCGGGACCCUGAAGGCGCGCCGCCGGGCCGAGGAGGGGACUGGCUAAGCUGGUGAAGGAAAGCAGGAAAACGUGGGGGAGGUGCUGGCGAGAGAAAGAGAACUUGCGUGAGGGGGAGGAGGAGAAACCAAAUUUAAUAUUUGGCGUGGAAAGGGGAUUUUUUUUUUUUUUGCAUCCUCCAAGCAAGUAAAGUGAAAUCAGUCAGCAUUAUGCCCCCUCCCCUCGACAAGUGAGGAUUACUUUCUCCUUGGGUAAACGAAGAAAACUCAUGCAGACGAACCAGAAGCUUAGAGAAGUUAACAUUCUUCAAGUUACCCAAACAGUAAAUGAGGAGUCAGGAUUUGAAUCCUGAAAUCUAAUGCCAGAGUUUACAAGCCACGCUGGAAAUGAGGCGUUUAAAUGCAGAAUUAGAGGCAAAAACUGCUGAUCUGGUUCGACAAGCUGAGGAAGUAAUAAGAGAUCAGCAAGAAGUACGAUCUAGGUCUUUUCCAACACAAAUUAAAUCAUAUGAAGAGAAAGAUGAUUACAGCUUAAGAGGUCCAUUAUCAUCUGAAGGGACAGUUCAUUUACAUUUAGAAACUAAGCCAAAUAACAAAAAUGUUGAUCCACUAAACAAAGUUCAAAACAAACUACACUCCACAAGUAAAGGAAGAAAAACAAAUUUAAGUGUAAAAUUGAAAUACUCUGAUGUACGAACUGCCAAUGAUGUUGCCAUUCCAGAGGAUUUCUCAGACUUUUCUCUUGCAAAAACAAUUAGCAAAAUUGAAGGGCAACUGGAGGAAGAAGGUUUACCAGAUUAUAUAGAUGAUGAUAUUUUUUGUGGUGUUAGUAAAGACAUUGGAUCUGGGCCGUACCCACAUCAUUCUGAUGUUUCCAAGCUAGGGACCACAGCCACAGCAACUCGGGAAGCACAGAUCAGAUUUCUGAAGGCCAAACUCCGUGUUAUGCAAGAGGAAUUGGAUAAUGUUGUAUGUGAGUGCAAUAAAAAGGAGGAUGAAAUUCAGGAUUUAAAGUCUCAACUGAAAAUUUUUGAAGAAGAUUGUGUGAAACAGCAGCGAACAAUUAAUUUGCAGCAGUCUCAAAUAGAAAAGUAUAAAACUCUUUUCGAAGAAGCAAACCAAAAAUGUGAUGGAUUACAGCAACAGUUGUCUUCAGUAGAAAGGGAAUUAGAAAAUAAAAGAAGACUGCAGAAACAGGCUGCCACAAGUCAAAGUGCCAUGGAAGUUCGCUUGAAUAGAGCUCUAGAAGAAGCAGAAAAGUAUAAACUGGAGUUAAGUAAACUAAAGCAGAACAACAAGGAUAUAGCAAAUGAAGAACACAAAAAAAUCGAAGUGUUAAAAUCAGAAAACAAGAAGCUAGAAAAGCAAAAAGGAGAAUUAAUGAUAGGGUUCAAGAAACAAUUAAAAUUAGUUGAUGUUUUAAAAAGGCAGAAGAUGCAUAUUGAAGCUGCCAGGAUGCUGUCUUUCACCGAAGAGGAAUUUAUGAAGGCACUUGAAUGGGGAAAUUGAUAAGUGAUUGACUUUUUAACCUAAAGUGCAUGGUAUAUAAAGUGCAAAACAUACUCUUUAACUUAAGUUGUAAUAGUUUGAAUUGCCUUUAUAGGUAAUGAAGAUAUUCGAUAACAAAAUCAAAAUAAUUCCAAAUUCCCUAUUUAGAUUUGGGGAUAUAAAGUUGAUAGCUAAUUAUCAGAAAAUAGAAAUAUUUUGUAAAAUAAAGCAAUAGGAAUCUAACU